UCGUGCAUCAGUAGAUCCAAGUUUGUCGUCGAACAGUUAUACGUUUUAAUAACAUUUUUGCAUUGCGUGAAUGCACACCGUCGUGCCGGCCCAACAAACAUCAUAAUAUUAAUAAUAAUUAUUUAAUAAUAAUAUGAUGGCUAUGAUGAGACGUAACGCCGCGCUGGUCGCCCUGUGCUAUCUGGUGUGCGCGAUUUCCAAAACGACUCGAUCCGCCGCAUCUGUUGUCAAAUUACCCAAAGGAUUCAUUGCAUGCAAAAAAGAUGACCCCGGCGUCAACACAUGUAUUCAACAAGCACUACAAACGGCCGUACCGCAUUUAGUCAAAGGAAUACCAAGUUUGGGGCUAAUACCAAUUGAUCCUUUAAUAAUAUCACAAAUGGAUAUAAAUCAAGGUGUAUCUAAUGGUCCCUUAGACAUCAAACUAAGCUUCAAGGACCUUUAUAUACAUAAUAUUGGGUCUAUUAAGAUAACAUCAAUGAAAUCGAAUAUAAACAAUCAUACAUUUAACCUUAAAGCCGAUUUUGAUGAACCACUUGUACUCGAAGGCAUGUACAAUAUACAAGGAAAAAUUAUUAUUCUACCAAUAAGAGGUGAAGGAAAAAGCAAUUUAACUUUAGCUGCAUUGAAAGUAUCAAUUGACAUAAAUGGUAAACCAGUUACAAGGAGAGGUGAAGAAUACAUGGAAUUAGAAUCUUUAGAUUUAAAAUUUAGUACAUCAAGACUUUAUAUACAGCUAGAUAAUUUGUUUAAUGGAGAUCAAUUAUUAGGAAAUAAUAUGAAUAUGUUUAUGAAUCAAAAUUGGAGGGAAAUUUUAAAGGACCUUCAACCUGCAUUUGAGUCAGCUUUAGGGAUGGCAUUUCAAUCAGUCGCUCAUCAAUUUUUCUACAAAGUACCAUAUGGUAAAAUAUUCAACUAAAUGUAAUUAUAUUUCUUAGCUCUUUUUACGUAAUAAUAUGUGUGUUAAUUUGUUUA